AUGUCUGAUUAUUACACCACCUCUGAAGAAAAAUUUGACUCUAAUGAUGAUAUUAUGUCCGGAGAAGAGGAUGUUAAUUCACCUAAUAGUGUAGUAAAUAGAGAAAAUGCUACCACCACUGCAUUUUCACCACAAGAAGCCUCACCAGAUGGUUUGACUGUAAACUAUAGAAUGCAGCUUAAAACUUCAGUAAUUGUUAAAGUGCAAAAUUUUGUAAAUAAAAUUAGACACUCAACUGUUUUAUGCGAUACACUUCGUCAAUUUUGUGAGAUAAAUAAAAAACGUUAUGUUAAACCAAUUGCUGAUGUAAGCACUCACUGGAAUAGUACCUACAACAUGCUCCAUAGAUUCAACAAAAUGCGUGAUGAGUUAAGUUUACUUGUAACUGCACAUAAAAAACAACUAGGAAACGAUUAUCUUAAUGAUGAGGAAUGGGAAGUCGUAGAUAAUAUGGUUGAAUUGUUAAAACCUAUGCUCGUAGCAACAGAAUUACUAUUAUCAAGCUUGUAUCCAACUAUCUCUGAUAUCCGUUUAACUUUUUUAGGACUUCUUCACCUUGAUAAAUUUUUAGAUAACAAAUCACACUCAACAGAGCAGUAUAUGGUGGCAGAUUCUAUUAAAUUUAAGCUAAAUGAAUACUGGUCUACGCUUGAAGAAUCAACUAUAAUUGCCACAAUUCUUGACCCCUCAUCCAAGCUUAUAACUUUUUCUGCUAGUGACAAAGAUGCUGCUCUUGCUAGUCUACGAAACAUAAUGAUUCAACAUAAAUCACAAGUUCUAGCAACAAUGACUACGUCCACUUCCACCUCUAUCUCUAAACUACCAUCUAAAAAUAAAAGAAAAUUUUUUAAAUCAUUAUUAACACAACAUCAAACAAUUGAGCAACCUUUAGUGGAGGAACUAGAGCACUAUCU